CCUGUUAAUUAAUUAAUUUUACAAAGAAGAAAAGUAAAGAGCCGAAAACGAAUUAGCAAAAACUGCUUGAAGAUGAAGACGACGAUGACUGGAUUGAGAUCCUUAUUCCUCCGAUCACUCCAUUCUUCUUCCAGAUCUUAUUCUUCCGCCGCCAUCGCUGCCACUGCUGCAUCCACCACCACCCUUCGAACCUUUUCUUCCCCUCGCUUUCCCAAUCACUUCUCUCCCUCCUCAGAAUGCAGGUCUCCUUUCUCGAAUGGCAUAGGGAGCAUGCGAUUUUAUAGUGAAGAAGUGACCCACAUGCCUGACAUAAAAGACCCUGAGCUUUACAGCGUUUUCAAGGAUUUGUUGGCUGAAAAUUGGAGUGAUCUUUCGGAUGCUGUCGUUUCUGAUGCUAAACAUGCAUUGUCUAAAAGUACAGAAGACGAAGCUGGUAAAGAGGUUGUCACCAACGUGUUCCGGGCCGCCCAGGCUGUUGAGGAGUUUGGUGGGAUUCUUAACACCUUGAAAAUGGAAAUUGAUGACAGCAUUGGAUUGAGCGGCGAGGAUGUAAAACCUUUGCCCGAUCAUAUGCAAAAUGCUCUGCGUACCAUUUUUGAUCGGUACACCACCUAUUUGAAUGCUUUUGGGCCUGAUGAGAACUAUCUGCGGAAGAAGGUGGAGCAGGAGUUGGGUACAAAGAUGAUACACUUAAAAAUGAGAUGCAGUGGCCUUGGUUCUGAGUGGGGAAAGGUUACGGUUCUUGGAACUUCUGGACUUGCAGGUUCAUAUGUCGAGCAAAGAGCAUAGAAAAAUAAUUUUAGAAACAGUGCAUGCAAUUGAUAGUUUGUUGCUUGUAUCAUGUUCUUGAUGCAUGUAGACCCUUCGAUUCGUCUUCUCCUGUCGUUUUUGUUGUAAUGUGUUUAAUCGCAAGGAAAUAAUAGUGGCUUUUAACUAUGUCAACUGGGAAUAUUUUCCAUCAUUUUCAAUGUCAUUUUCCAUAAGCCGAAAAUGCUGGUGAAAUUAUAAGAACUUGUAUAUUUUCUGAGGAUAUGAAAAUAACAUGUCAGGUGGUUGGUUAUUUA